AUGGAUGAAGAUCGCCUUCCGUUAAUGUUGAUAUUUUUAAUUGUGGGGUUGAUCACCAUCUCGACGUGCUCCGAAGUGUCGUUUGUCUCUGCAAGACAUAAACUUUUUACAAAAUCCACACGAGCCAAUUCAUCAAUCAUUUAUUAUCAGCACCGACUAGCUAUUGGUCAGCUUGUCCAACUUCCUUGCUUUUUGCAAGAUAGCGAACCAUACCCAACUGCCAUGGAUCCAGUGGCAUACGAGUGGCGACUGAACGGGCGUCAAAUACUGACACACUUGUCCUUCAUGACUGCUACUUGGGAUUUGGAUGGCGUACUAACUAUAUUUGCUAUAAUGCCUCGUGAGUACACUCUUUGGUGCCAUAUGAGAAUCAGCGAUGAAACAGAAGACCAAGAUUUCUACUUCGCUCACCAAAUCAAAUUUUUUCAAGAACCGGUCAGACAACUUAUACUUGGUGUUCUAAUUAGACUGUCCAUGGACGAAGAAGCUUGGGAACGAAAGUGUGAAGCAGAGCAACACACGUGUGAUUGUCAGCGGAUUGCUGGGGAAAAUGCGACCGAACGAUUCUCGCAUGGUUCGAGAAACUAUUAUAUGAAAAUGAUCAUAAACGAUAUAGCUAUCCAUAUCUGUGAACGCUUUCAUUUCUGCCAUUCGUUCAGCUUGGAUCAGUUUGAGUGCCUCAACAUGGAGCAAUUUUGGAACGCAUCACACUACAUGGAACUGAGCUUUUUCUUGGACGGGGGAAGAUUUUACUUAGGAGACUCGGCAGACCAACGGUAUGAUACAACAGCUAUUACUGAAAUGGUGUACAAACAAUUCCUUUCUCUUCGGUCAGUCAUACGGCAAAGAGUUCUCAAUGCCACUUUGGACAAAUAUUAUGCUAAAAUGCGAAAUUUAUGA